AUGAAAGUUCUUUACUUCCUUGUUAGCAUCUUGGCUUUGGCAUCAGUUUCCUUUGCUUAUGACCCAAGCCCUCUCCAAGACUUUUGUGUUGCAAUCAAAGACCCUAAAGAUGGUGUAUUUGUGAACGGAAAGUUCUGUAAAGAUCCUGCACUAGUUAAAGCUGAAGAUUUUUUCAAACAUAUUGAACCUGCCAAUCCCGUAAAUGCAUUGGGUUCUCAAGUGACUCCAGUAUUUGUAGACCAACUGUUUGGACUAAACACACUUGGAAUAUCUUUGGCUCGUAUUGAUUUUGCACCUAAAGGUUUAAAUCCACCCCACAUUCAUCCUCGAGCGACUGAGAUCCUUACAGUUCUCGAAGGCACUCUUUAUGUUGGAUUUGUCACUUCCAAUCAAGAUAAAAAUCGUCUUUUCACUAAAGUUCUCAAUAAAGGUGACGUGUUUGUGUUCCCAAUCGGUCUAAUUCACUUUCAACUAAAUGUGGGAUAUGGCAACGCCGUUGCCAUCGCUGGACUUAGCAGUCAAAAUCCAGGAGUUAUCACAAUUGCAAAUGCUUUAUUUAAAUCUGAUCCCCUUAUUUCUGAUGAGGUUCUUACUAAAGCUUUUCAAGUUGAUAAGAGCAUCAUUGACUAUCUUCAAGGGCAGACUUGGUAUGACAACAACUAA